GCCUGUUUUCUGGUCGUAUAUAAGAAUGAAUGUUUGAGCCAUCGGAUUUUUAUUUUCAUUCAUUCAUAAUAGCAGAUUUGCAGAGACUGGUUCUCGUUUCUUUCUUUCUUUCCCACUGACCUAUCCUAUCUUAAUCCGUUCGUUCAAAAUGAAAUCCUUCAUUACCAUCCCCCUUCUCGCCGCUUUGGCUUCCGCUGCCACUGUCCCAACCAAGUCUCUUACCCGUCGUGCUGACUCGUGCGAGCAAUACGCCACUGUCACCCAGGGCGACUACAUCAUCUACAACAACCUCUGGGGCAAGGAUAAUGCCGACAGCGGAAAGCAGUGCACUGGACUGGACUCCAUCAACGAUGGCACUGUUGCCUGGCACACUUCGUGGACCUGGACCGGUGGUGCCGGCCAGGUGAAGAGUUUCGCCAAUGCCGCUUACCAGUUCACGGCCAAGACCUUGAGCAGUGUUUCUAACAUGGACUCGGUGUGGAAGUGGAGCUACACCGGUUCCGACCUCGUCGUCGAUGUCGCCUACGACAUGUUCCUCAGCUCGACCGCGGAUGGAGACGCCGAGUACGAGAUCAUGGUCUGGCUCUCUGCCAAGGGAGGUGCUGGUCCUAUCUCCUCGACUGGCUCUGCCGUCGCCACCACCACCAUUGCUGGUGUUACCUUUGACCUGUACUCGGGCCCUAACGGCGCCAUGACCGUGUACAGCUUCAAGGCUCAGUCCGAGACCGAGAGCUUCUCUGGUGACCUGUUGGACUUCUUUAAGUAUCUGGAGAACAACCAGGGCCUCGAGUCCAGCCUCUACCUCACCGACGUUCAGGCCGGAACCGAGCCUUUCUCUGGCACUGACGCCAAGUUCGUCACCUCCGAGUACUCGGUCACUGUGGCUUAGACGUUUCAAGAGCCUGUGAAAUUGCAUCACCUGUGUCAGUUGUUAAUUUCUUGUUGAUAUUCAAUGGAUACUGUGCAUCGUUUGUGCCAUGCAUGAUAUGAGCAUCAGC